CUUCCCUCCUCCCAAAAGCACUCAGGGAGCAGAACCCUAACCAACACAGUGAGGCUUCGACGGGCACGAAAAUGGGCAAUAAAUAGCUCAUCCUCCUCAUUCCAUCCAAAUCAGCUAGGAACCGUUGAUCAAACUGGGCCAAAAACAGCUCUUCGAUCCAGACCGUUAAUUUGUCCUUCGAUUGAAAAGAAGAAGAAGCAAAUGAGCAGUUUCUUCCUCUCAAAACUCCGUCCCCACUUCCCCAAAACCCUCUUCUUCUUCUCUUCAUCAAAGCCAUCCAUUCUCAUCCCCUCAAAACCUGCUACUCUCAACUGGGCCACCCCAAACUCCACCCUCGCUGCAAAUCAAGCCGUCCAUCAGGACGAUGAAGACGAGGAGCCCGAGCCGUUCGAUCAACGCAAGCUCCCAGCCGACUAUGAUCCCGCCACCUUCGACCCCACCGAGCACCGAUCCCCUCCUACCGACCGUGUCUUCCGCCUCGUCGAUGAGGUCUCCAGCCUCACCCUCUCCGAGACCGCCGAGCUCUCAUCGAUCCUCAUGAAGAAGCUCGGGAUGCGGGACCCGCCCACCAUUGGGGUUAUGAAGCCUGGCGCCGCUGGGGCGGUGAUGGGUUUGGCAGCAGGGGCAGCCAAAGCGGGGGCCUCCAAGGAGGAGAAGAAGGUGGAGAAGACGGUGUUCGAGCUGAGAUUGGAUGCGUAUGAUGCUGCAGCAAAGAUAAAGGUAAUUAAGGAGGUGAGGAGCUUUACAGAUUUGGGACUGAAGGAGGCAAAGGAUUUGGUGGAGAAGACGCCAGCUGUGAUCAAGAGGGGGGUUUCAAAGGAGGAAGGGGAGCAAAUUAUUGAGAAGAUGAAGGUGCUCGGUGCCAAAGUUGUCAUGGAAUGAAAGAAUGGAAAUAGAAAAAAAGGAAGGAGAUUUCUGUUCUCAGGUUUUGCACAAUUGAUAUGUUUUGCGUUGAUUUUUUUAUGAGAAUAUUUUGUUUUGAUAAUUUUGGAUGAAAGGAAUUAGAAUCCAUAGUUAGACGUUUUUUUUUUCUCCCUUCCUUUCUUUUUUGGUCAAUUUUCGUGCGUUAGAUUGUUAUGAAAAUUUAGUGGUCGUUGGAUUGCCUUUAAGUUCUUAAGUUGUCUUUCACAUGAAAGUGACAUGCUGCCUGUUAGGAUGUAAGUUGU